AUUACUCAAUUGGAAUGGACUCGUACAAGUGGCCUUAUAAUGUCUGCGUGUCCUACAUUCGUAACUAAAUGAUUUUAUCUUGCGGAAAAUUAUUUAUUUUGAAAAUUAAUGUAAGUCUUUUGAAAUAGUCAUAUGGUUUCCUCCCAUUGUCUAAUGAUAAUGUAAAAUUGAUAAACUCUAAUUUGUUGAAAUAUAUCUAUAUUUUGUCAAACCAAAUAGAAAUAUCUAUUUAGAUCCGGGUUAAAUCUAGAUUUCUGAUGUAAAGUCUUCUUGAAACUCAACGAGCGAAAGAUCGGGAAAGCAAUGUAUUAACACUGGAAUAUGUGUAUUUUAAAUGUUUAAUAGUAAUUCCUGUUAUUCAUAAAAUUAGCAUGCAUGAGAAACCAAGCAAAAUUAACGGGUACGACUCCCAUUCGAAAUUCCCAAUUAUAAAAACCGCACCGACGACAUUAGAAAAGUGAAAACGAUAAUUAAAACAACAAUGGCGUUUGCUUCAACGACCAUCACGUGCCUCCUCGUCCUUAGACCAUCUCCAAUGGUUUACUCUAUUUUUUACUCUAAAAUAAAGUAACUCUAUAAUAGAGUUUGAGUUUGCUCCAAUGGUACUCUAUUUUAGAGUAAAAAAUAAAGUGAUGAACAAAGAAAAAACAAAUUACUCUAUAUUUGAAGUAAACCUAUUUUUCACUCUAUUAUAGAGUGAGAAAUAGAGUACCAUUGGAGCAUUUUCUACUCUAAACUCUAUUUUAGAGUGAAAAAUAGAGUGGGGUUGGAGACAGGCCCGUCCCUUCUAUAAGGCCAACGAAGCAUUGGCUUCAGGCCACAUAUUAUAAAUACAAAAAAUAGGCCACAUUUUCAAAAAUUACUUGUAGCUUAGAUAGGAAAAGUAAGAGAUGUUAGACCUUUUGGUCUCUAGUUCGAACCAGACCACAGCCAGUUUUAAAUAUAUUUUUCAUUGGUAAUUUUUAUGAAGGGCCACAUUAUUUGACAGGCUUUAAGCCUCAUAAAUCUUUGGGACGGCACUGGUUGGAGAUGCUCUUACGGUCUAUAUGGCAGCUCUAAUAGAGUCACACAUAAACGUGUGGGACAGUGACAACCACAAUGGCUCAGUGCAUAGAAUACUUGACCAACAGUAGUCCAUUGCCAUCAGACUACUGCUGCGCCGAAGUCAAAUCAUUGAAUCAAAUGGCUCACACCACACCGAACCGCCGACAAUUAUGUGAAUGCCUUAAAUCACUGGUUAAGGCAAACGAUGGAUUCAUCAAUAUCGAGCUUGUGGGCACACUCCCUACCAUUUGUGAUGUUUCAGUUCCCUACCCAACUAGUCUCAACACCAAUUGUGACGAGUACCUCUCCAUAACUUAUUUUUCUACUGUAUUACAUUUUUUUGUUUCUUUUUGGAAUACGGAAAAACCUUUAAAAGCUUUUAUCCUAGAAAAUAUCUUUUUGUUUUAAGAAAGGGCUUGCAUCCUAGAUAAUAUCUUGAAAGUUCACUAGACACAUGACUCCAAAAAUACAUAUUGAAUUCGACUAAACUACAACAUAGAUACAUGGUUCACGAAAUAUUGCAUACACUGAAGCAAAGAGUACGAAGGAAAAAUCUGCAACAGCUUAGAGCAAGUGCAACGGCGGUCCAUGUCGGAUCCUUAGCGCUAAUCCUUAGCUUAGGGUUAAUAUAAUAAUAUUAAUUAUUCGUGUAAACUUAAGGAGUGUCCCGUCGAGAAGGAUUUUAAGGGGCUGAUCCUUGAGUACGUGUCCUCUUCUUACUGGAUUGGGGUCGGUUUGUGUUUUGUUGGGUCAAGCGAGAAAUCUCAUUCUCGACCGAAACCGUAGAAAAGAAAAUAAUCUGGAGAGAAAGGUGAUAUCGGAGGCGAUUCUUCUCUGCUUCGUUUUUGGUAAAUCUUUCUCUAAAAUCGUUGAUUUUCGCUUCAUUAGAUCAGUUAUCUUCUUGUUUCCUCUCCAUCGGGUUGGAUAAUGGGGGUUUUUAUAUCGAUUUCGUUUAAUGAUUGAAAUUAGGGUUUUCAAAAAAUUUGGGGAUUAAUCGAUUUGGGGAGAGGGUUCGUUUGUAUAUAGGGUUUCAGAUCGAUUUUGGUUUGAAUCGGAAGCGGAUCUUCUCUUUUUUUUCUUACACGGAUUGAAAUCCCAAAUUGGUUUCAAUGUCAGAUGUAAUUGAUUUGUUUGAUCUUGUUGAAUCGAUAUGUUCAUUUUAAGAGAGUAUUCUUGGGGUUCAGUUAAAUCACUACUCGGUUGUAUAUAUGCGAUUGUUUUUUGCGAAUGUCAUAAGUAAUUGAUUUAACUGUGUUCUUCACUUCUUUCAGGUUAAAGAAAAUGGGACAAGAUUACAGCUACAGCCAGCCCUCUUCAUCAUCAGACUCUCUAGACAUAACCUCCCUUCUUGAAGCCGAAGCUCAGAUGUACGCGGAUGAAACUGACAGUAGCAACCGCAAUGCAAUGCCGGUUCAGUACCCACGUCAACCAGAGGCUGAUGAUGGAAUCCCCACGACAUGCUACUGUGGAGCUCAGCCUGUUCUCGGCUGCUCUUACACUCCUAAAGACCCAUACAGAAGGUACUUUACGUGCGUUCAUGCUGAUGAUGGAGACUGUCACGUGUGGAAAUGGUGGGAAGUGGCAGUCAUGGAGGAGAUGAGGGAGUUUCAGAGGCAACUUAGUGAUCUUAAGAACACUUCUGGAGAGAGUGAACAGAAGCGCCUUAACCUUGAGAAGACGGUAGAUGAGAGUGAGCAGAAGCGCCUUAACCUUGAGAAGAUGGUAGAUGAGCUUAGCGCUAUGAAGAAAGCAAGAAUUAAGCUAAUGGUCUGUCUAUUAGUCUUAAUAGGUUUGGUGUUAGUGAUUCUACGAGGAAUUGUUGGAAAGGUUUCAAAGGGGAGUGGCGUUUGUCAGAAUUAUCUGUAAUAAGGUACUAUUUUUUUUUAAAUAUUAGUACUCUUGUUGUGUUUGAAAUGAAGGUUAAAACUAGUACUCUAGUUGUGUUUGAACUGAAAUGGUGUCCGAUGCUAAUUGUUUGGUUUGUAUUGGAAUGAUUUGACUGGCUUUUAUUACUUAGUUUGAUAGGUAUUUACUCGGAUUAGAAUAGGUGUUAAUGUAACUUAUUUGCUUUCUAUCUUCCCAACUGCUCUGAUUUAAUAGGCUUUAAUUAGUUUAGACUUUGCUUACUUAAGUAGUAGUGUCGGUAGAAUAAUGUCACAACCCAACCUCUAACCAUGGCUAACCCUUCUGGCUAUGUAAACCUACUAAAUAGUCAAAAUCCCAUUGACCUUGAAUCACCCGAAGCUAAUUGGUUCGGUAGCCAAGUUCCCGAUGAGCCUGGUGUGAAGGAGAGGAGGAAAUGGACUCUCACAAAUGAUAAAAUCCUUAUUGGUGCGUGGCUUAACACCAGUAAGGACCCUGUGGUGAGCACUGAGCAAAACGCUGAUGCUUUCUGGAACCGUAUUGUAGACUACUACAACGCAAGCCCUCACCUGGUUGGGACUAUACCGAGGAAGCUUCGUCCUUGCAAGCAGAGGUGGGCUCGGAUUAACGAGCAAGUAUCCAAGUUUGCUGGUUGCUAUGAUGGGGCUCUGAGGGAGCAGAGGAAUGGGCAAAAUGAUGAUGAUCUCAUGAAAGCAGCUUUAGACAUUUUCUUCAGUAAUUACGGCUACAAGUUCGCCCUGGAUCACUGCUGGAGGGAGUUGAGGCAUGACCAGAAAUAGUGCGCAACUCAUACGGCUAAGGACGGUGGUAAGGAGAAGCGGAAACCACCUUUGGCGGGUGAUAGAGAAGAAGGGGAAGACGGAGAACCAGAGGGUAGACCUCCCGGGGUAAAGGCUGCCAAAGCUGGAUGUAAGAAGAAGAAGAGUGCUAGAGAGGAGGAGUUGACGAAGCUACAGGCUGUUUUAGGAACUGAAGAAAUAAUCUCUAGACAUAAACUCCUAGAUCGUUUACUCGCAAAAACAGAGCCACUCUCAGAGAUGGAGACUACUCUAAAACUCAAACUAAUGUCUGAAAUGUUGUGAUGUAUUAGUCUUGAUUGUAGGUAUUAAUUUUGUUUUGUGAAGUUGGGACUUUUACUUGUUUGUCUAUCGUACUAACUGUUGUCUUAUUUGAUGUGUCAGGUCCGUGAAGCCAUGUGAACCCAGUCACGGGUGUAUUGGGAGGUCUGAAAGUCUUUUGGUCGUUAGCGGAUGUGAAGCAAGUCACAGGUGCAUUUGUGUUCAAGUCUAGUAUUAUAAGUACUUGUCUUUGUUGUAUAAUAAGUAGCAAGUCACGGAUUCUACACUUUCAAAACUUGUAUCCUUUUGGUGCUUCAUCUUUGUAAAAGAAGUAGAAGCAGUCGUUGUAUCUUCUUGGUAGAAGAAGAAGUAGUACUUGUAUUCUCUUGCUGCCUUCUCUUUGUAUCCCCCCUCGGCAUUUGGUAACACUUAUCACUCUUGGUGCUUAAACUAAAACAUGUGUUGCAUUUCAUGUUCUUUUGGUACUUUUGGUUAAACUGAAACAUGUGUUCAAUAUUAGAACUGAAAAAAAUGUAGGAAGAUCUUUUGGUUCUAGCGUUUAAUAAUUGGUUGUUCUCACCCCGUUGCAUGUGUUCGGCUGAUUGACUAAAAAUCUCAAUAAUAAUACUAAAAAUGUGAAUAUUCCUCCUAAAAUUGGUUUACAAAAAUGGAAUUUUCUAAUUUUUAUUUAUAAAAAAACUAGCAAAUUUUUUCAUAUUUUAUAAAAAUUGCUAAAAUUUAAGUAACCAAUAAGUAAAAUUUUGGUUUAACGUAGGGAUAUCUAAAGAUGUCUUCAUCCUCAUCCGAUAACGUUGAUGAAAGAUUGGAUGAAAUUAUCGACGAAAUAGUGGAUGAUACAUACAAUGACAUUGUGGAGUCCCAACCCAAUAAGCAGAAGAGGCGUGCUUAUAUAGAGUGAAACCGUGAAGUAGGACACGACCGUUUAUGGAAUGACUACUUCAGCGAACAUUCAACAUUCUCGGCCCAUUUAUUCAGACGCCGGUUCCGCAUGAGUAAGGAUUUAUUCUUGCAUAUAGUAGUCAGCCCAUUUAUCAUUCUCGGCCCAUUUAUCAUGUUGUAUUUUUAAAUUUUAGCAUCUUAAAUAUUUAUAAGGCCUCAUGUUGUAUCUUUAUAUUUAAUCAUCUUUUUAUUUUAUCUUGUUUUUGUUUAAUCAUGUUUUGCUUAAAUUUUUCUUUUAAAAAUAAUAUAUAAAAAAUAAUAUUUAUAUUCCUAAGGACUCCGCAAUAGGACUCACCAUUAGACUCACCAUUUCAAUUCAGAUCCUUCACUAUUCAAAUAAAAACAAAUAAAAAAAAAUAUUUAAUACUCUAAUGACUCCGCAAUGGGACUCACCAUUGCGGAUGUUCUUAUUACCUUUUCUUGUAGUCUUUAGUGGAUUUUAUCUUAGUAUGUCAUGAUACAUAUUUGUAUUGUUUUGUUCGAAUGUUGCAGUAUAUCGACUGCCGUGUGAAAGAGGCAAGAGAUGUACGGUUAAUCAAAGUUGCCAGCUUUUCACCUAACAUCAUAAUUAUUCUGCAGCUAUAUCCAUUUUAUGACCUCUCAUUCUCUUAUUAUGUAAUCAUCCACUUCAUAUGGUAAUCACGACAAAGGAGCUCCCUCUCUCUUCGGCACUUAAUUUGAUGUUUGUACACCUACCGUACUGCCAGGGAUAACACUUACGGUCUUAUUAUUACAUUGGUCAAGAGGUUGCAUGAAAAAUAAUUAAGAUGCCACUAGUAUAUGUAAUAUGUGUAUCAUUUUACUGUGGUGUGUUGUUUUUAGAAUUUAUGUGUUUCAUGUCUUUCUUUAUAUACGACGGUCCAUUUAAUUGGUCGUCUUUGUUAUGUAUUCCUCUAAUGAUAUUAAUGGAAUUACGAUAUGUGGUAAAAUCACCUAACUCUCUCACUAAUCUUCACACAAUUUCGAUAAAAAAAAUUUCAUUGAUCAUUUAAUCUUUAGAGCACCAUUAACGGUAGAUUAUUCCCAGUUUCUAAUCAUUUAAAUUAAAGAAAUUUAUUUUAAAAAAAUAGGAGAGAGACAAAUCAGAAGUUUUCUGAACCAAACUUUUAAGAUACCUGCUACAACUUAAAAUUGUACGUGGCAUUCUUCUGUUAAUUCACAUGAUUUAAAGAAAAUGAAAAAUAAAUGUAUAGUUAAUAGAUUUCUAAUGACUGUAUGUGUUCAAAUCCGUAACUAUUUUAAAUCCCAUAAAUCUCAAGGUAAUUUUUUUUUCUUUUUUGCUAAAAAUGUAACUAUGAAAGUUGAGAAAUUACAACAUAAGAUCCAAAUCGUAAGAGUUUCAAGAUUGGCACUGACCUUUAGA